AUGUUGAACUUGAAGGACAGUGAAGAACAUCUGCAGCGGAAAGCAGUCGUGGCUCAAGCUAUCCAAGACACAGGGACGUACCACAUAGAGUAUGAUGAACUUGUCUUUGGUGCCAAAACUGCCUGGCGAAAUGCCUCACGUUGCUCAGGGAGAAUUCAAUGGAAAAACCUUCAGGUAUUUGAUGCACGUGAGAUACAGACAGCUGAGGAAAUGUUCAGAGCGAUUUGCCGUCACCUCACCUGGGCAACAAACGGAGGAAAUAUCAGGUCUGCCAUGACGGUGUUUCCAGCACGCACAAACAAGAAGAAAGACUUUAGAAUUUGGAACUCUCAGUUUAUCCGUUAUGCUGGAUACAGGAUGCCAGGAGGACAUAUUAUUGGGGAUCCAUCCAAUUUAUCAUUUACUCAAAUUUGUGAAAGGUUGGGUUGGAAGGGGAAAGGUGGCCAUUUUGACGUCCUUCCUUUGGUACUCUCUGCAAAUGGGGAACUGCCUGAACUGUUUGAGAUUCCCAAAGAAAUAAUAUUGGAGGUGGAACUGACACAUCCGAGAUUUGACUGGUUCAAAGAGUUGGGGCUGAAGUGGUAUGCCGUACCUGUUGUUUCAAACAUGCUAUUUGACUGCGGAGGGUUGGAGUUUCCUGCUGCACCAUUCAAUGGCUGGUACAUGGGCACAGAAAUAGGGGCAAGAAACCUAUGUGAUGUACAGAGGUACAACAUUCUGGAGAUAGUGGGUCAGCAUAUGGGGCUGGACUGCAGGUCCUCUGUGAACCUGUGGAAAGACCUGGCACUGGUGGAGGUGAAUAUUGCAGUACUGCACAGUUACCAGAAAGCCGGGGUGUCCAUAGUAGACCACCACACUGUGGCUGAAAGUUUUGUGCAAUUCAUGCUUCAAGAGGCCAAGACCCGUGGUGGCUGUCCUGCUGACUGGGUGUGGAUUGUGCCCCCCAUCAGUGGGAGCAUUACGCCAGUUUUUCAUCAAGAAAUGGUCAACUAUACCAUCAAACCUUCAUUUGAUUAUCAGGAGGAUCCACCAUUACUGCUACUGAAUCAGUUAGACAAAGAGAAAAAUAUGAAGAACUUGGUGUUUGGAAUUUUCAGGGCUGUUCUCUUGGCUACAAAGCUAAAAAUGAAAAUUCGGAAGUGCAGGCCUAGAUGCCUCAUUCUGUUUGCUUCAGAGACUGGAAAAUCUGAACAAUUUGCAAGAAGAUUGGAAGCAACAAUGGGAAGAGCCUUCAAUGCGAGGACAGUGUGUAUGGAAGACUACCCUGUCUACAACUUCCUUCAAGAACAGCUAGUUCUAGUGGUGACCAGUACAUUUGGACUGGGCAGUCCUCCACUAAAUGGAGAGACAUUCUUCAGAGCUCUAGAAUCCUUUGAAAAGAAUCUGUCCAAUAUAAGGUUUGCAGUGUUUGGCCUGGGCUCCAAAGCCUACCCUCGAUUCUGUGCAUUUGCUGUGCACAUUGAUAACCUUCUGAGGAACCUUGGCGGUCAGCGCAUGACCUCACUAGUGAAAGCGGACAGUCUGAGUGGACAAGAAAAACCCUUUGUUAAGUGGUCCAGGCAGGUUUACAAUGAAGCUUGUGCUUUGUAUGGGUUGUUGACUUUCAAACACGCUGAUGACAUCGAAGUGACCACUGAAUGGCAUGAAGAGAGAUUUCGUUACACAGUGGUCGGCAAAGAGGAGAACAUUAUCAAGGGUCUCUCUGAAAUACAUGGGUACCAGAUGCAGUCCUUCAACAUAAUAAGUUCUACAAAUCUGCAGGCAAAAAGUUCUGGACUGAGAACACUGUCAGUUAAACUGCAGAGCACCACCAACAAAGACAAGCUGGUUUACCAACAUGGAGACCACAUGUUAAUCUUCCCUACCAACAACAUUGCCAUGGUGACAGCUAUCAUUCAACGAAUCAAAGACCUACCUCUAUGUGGCGCAGCUGUCCAACUAGAGACCUUCUCAGUGAAACAUAAUG